AUGACAUCCAUUGAUAUUGAGCCAAUAGUUACCUCGUAUGGUCAGUUACACCAUGCGGUACUCCAGUUACUUAUUACCACUAAAUCUCUCUCUCAGUCCGACCUACUACAGUUUAUUAGAGGAGCAAUAUAUGAUAUAGUACGAGAACAAAAAGAUGCCGAGACUCCUGGAGAGAAUGCCGACGUCUAUGAUUCCGAUGAAGAGGAAGAUGAACACUUGAUAAAUGAGUUGAAAGGUCUUGUUAAUGCAAAAUCUGUCUCCACUAUAGUCGAUCUAAUCAAUAGAAAAUUGCAUCGGUUAGAUCUGGCUAUAGAUCACGUGACUAGUGAUAGGGAUCAUGAUUCAGACUCAAAUAUGGAAGAUGAUCCCGAUGCUGAAGCUCACUCAUUUGUCUACGUGUUUAUCAAUAAAAAGUCGACCAAAGUCCUUCAGCUCUCUACAUCCUACACAGAAAAGGAAAUGAAGGUUACCUCUUUCAUACUUGAUCUUAUAUUUGGAUCACGUGAUGGAAUUUCGCGUGCAUCGGUAUCUCGAUACUCUGUUCCUAAAUACGAUGCUGAGCAUGAGAUCCGGUCGAAGUUUAUCUACACGAUGACAGAGGCUCAACUGUUACUUAGGAAGUUAAUGCUCGAUGAUUGGUUGGAGAUUAUAGAUGCUGCUUAUACGUUAACGCCGAGAGCGUUGUGCGAACUUAAGCCAUACCUAGAAGAUAAUUACGUAUCUGCAUAUUCCUGUGCUGUGUGCGACCACUUAGUAACGAGAGGACUAGCGUCAAUUGUCCUAGUCAGAGUUGUGAUGGAGCACUUGAUCAGCUGA